UCUAUGAGAAAGUGAAAAGUUGAGGCUGAGAGAAAGAUUUGAGAAGGCAAAAAUUCAAGAACGCUGCAAGUGGAAGAUCAAAGAAAAAGUUGGUGACAUGGAGUUGACCAGACGUUACCUGCCGAUGGAAUGGGAAGAGCGAUGGAGGAGAGAAAAGGAGAGGAGAAAGAGAGUGAUUGAAGAAGGUGGAGAAGGGAUAGAGCAGGACAACCGUGAGCUGAGGAGGAUUGUGGCUUACAAUGACUCCAGGAUGGGCCUACGGGAUAAGACAGAGGGGUCAGAGGUCACAAUGAGUAGUACGAGUCAGCAGGGAAUCAGAGAGCAAACAAGUGAGGAGGCGUUUGGGGAUGAAGGACUUAGUGAUUAUGUCUAUAGGUACCACAGUGAAACCUCUUCCAAAGAGAUGUUCAGGGCCCUGAAGGAACUCUGGGGUUCGUCCCUUCUCACAGACCUGACGCUGACCACUGAUAGUGGGAGCUGCUUCCAUGUGCACUCCCCGAUCCUGGCUGCCGUCAGCUCCCUCAUCCGGCAGAGAUUGAAGGAAAAACAUGGGGAGCAAUCAGAUGGUGAGGAAGAUGUAGGAGUCCAUAGGUGGUCUGUGUCUCUGGGUUCGGAAGUUGAUCAUGUUGGGCUGAAGGCAGUUGUAGAGUUUGCCUACACUGGGGUUGUGUGUUCUUUGAACAAAGACACAAUGGCUCACAUCAAGGCUGCAGCUGAACUACUGGGGGCCGCUCGAGUGCUGGAUUUCUGCAGCAAGGAAGAUGGGAUGAGGGACGAUGGAAGUACCAAGAAGGAAGAGCGAAAGAUCUCCCCUCUAGAACAGAUGAAGAUCACUCUUCAGUCUGUUGAACUCCUGUGGGCCGACAGAGUUGGAUGUGAUGUGAUUUUAGAUGUGGACGGGACGUUGUUCAAUGUUCACAGAGUUAUCCUCGCAGCAAGCAGUGACUACUUCCGUGGCAUGUUCACCUGCGGCAUGAGGGAAUCCCAUCAGACCUGCAUCGCUCUUCCCUUCCUGUUAGCAUCUGAAUUAGAGGCCCUUAUUGGCUUCUCCUACAGCGGGACUCUUUCACUCAGCUGGAACUGCGUCUUCGAGAUCACCUGCACAGCCCUGCAGCUUCAGUUCCAGCCCACCUCAUUGCUUUGCUUAGAUUUCAUGCGACAGAAAAUGGAGGCAAGAACGUGCCUGGACAUUGUGUCUUUUGCUGAGGCCUAUGGGAUGUCCGAGCUCCUAGAAGAAGCCAAUGAUUUUGUACUCAGGAACUUCUUGGAGGUGUCAUCCACUGCAAAGUUUCAGGACCUAGCAGUAGACAAGCUUCUGGACUUCCUCCACUGUGAUGGUCUUUGCGUGCCCUCAGAGUUGGCUGUAUUUCGAGCUGUGAUCUCAUGGAUUGAGGCUGAUCCUGCGGAGAGAUUGGGUCAAGCGGGCCUACUGAUGUCCGCAGUGCGCUUUCCUCUCAUGACGUUUCGAGAGUUCAGGGAGGUCAGAGCCAUUAACCUGCGCAUGGAAUGCUUUGGAAACAAAGAAGUCGAACUCUAUGGUUCAGCACUCAAGGAAUUUGGUUUCAGCAUUCCAAAUCCCCAAGAUCAGUGGCGGGUCAGGCGACCCAAGGAUGCUCUGGUUCUGGUCGGAGGGGACCAACUGAACCCAGAUAUGGGUCACCGCGUACCAGGAAGGGAACUGUGGUUUACAAACUCCCUGCGCAGUGGCACAGGGUUGGUGAAGGAGAUCGAAUGGAGAAGGCUUGGGGAGAUGCCAGACAAUCCCAAAUUCAGGCAUGGAAUUACAGCAAUGGACGGGAGUCUGUAUGUGUUUGGAGGAUGUUACUUCUAUGCAAAGGAUAACAUAAUGAAAUCUGCCUACAGUUAUGAUCCCGUGCAGGAAAGCUGGAAGAGGUUGGCCGACAUGCAGGAGUUUAGAAGUAACUUCUCAGUGGUGGCACACGAGCGGCACAUUUAUGCCAUCGGUGGAGAUAAGGAGAUCAACACCAACGUCGAUACUGUUGAGAUGUACAACCCAGACACGGACUCCUGGAGCUUUGUCCAGCCCCUGGACCAGACUUUGAGUGGAUUCGCUGCCACUGUUUUAGACAGGGGAAUCUUCAUUUCUGGAGGUUUCAACUGUACGUAUAAGUGUCUGGUCUCCAUGUUCCUAUACCACCCAGAGAGAGGAACCACCUACUUGGCAGACAUGACCCACGACCGGGCCCAGCACUGCAUGGAGGCCCUGCGAGGGCGUCUUUAUGUCACCGGUGGAGUGUGUAACCUGAGGAAAUUCUACACUGAUCAACAAGCCUGCGAGGUGUACGAUCCUGUGGCCGAUUCCUGGACUGCUUUUGCAUCCCUGCCUGUGCCCCAUGUGGGUGCAGCCUCAGCCGUCCUGGAGGAGAAGAUCUAUUUACUGGGUGGAUACUGCCAGGACGACUACAGUGAGUCUGGGCUGGUCCAUCGGUUUGAUCCCAGCACUCAGCGGUGGGACAACAUGGGCAAACUUCCCGGGGCGAUUACUGACAUUCGGGCAUGUCUGCUUCGCCUGCCUCAGCACUUGAGACACUAACUUUUUGGACAAUGAGUUUGAAGCUUCUAUAUCAAAUAUAUAGCAGUACCAAAGACAAAAAUUUGGUAAAAUAUGAAAAUAAUAUAAAUUGAUCAAAUAAGUUGACUUUUUUGUGUCGUCUACCUGCAAAUACUUUUUCUGCUGUCAGAAUAGUUUAAAUCAGGGAAUUAAAAGUCCAGAAUGAUCUUUUGCUGUACGGUACAUGUCUGAUAACCUUAUGUUAAAAUUAAAUUAAAUUUCUUUCAGUGUUGCUGGAUGUUUUCAAUGGUUCUGUGCUUUGAGAACAGAGUUGGUGUCUCUGGUCUCUCCUUUGGGUUUCACCUCUGUAUGAGUCUUGAAGAUAAAACUCCAAACAUGAAAAGAAAUAAAAACAUCUUGGUAGCUAA